UAGAGGCUUGAGUUAGCAGGGACUUUCACUUUCAGGCUGAAAGCUGAUCUAGGUGGUUAGCCUAGCUGAGAGGCAGAGGCAGAGAGAGAGAGAGAGAGAGAGAGAGAGAGCACAGGGGGCUAGCUUUGAGUAGGGGGUGAAAAAAGGGGGAGUGAGUGAAAGGAAAGGGAAAACGAAAGAAAGAGGGACGUGGGGACAUCUGAAAGGCGCUUUGGAAAGUACCAGAGGGUCAACAACCUGGGAAUUCCGGAGACAGAGGGGGGCUUUGAGCGUGCUGGUAACCAGCUGUGCCCCGGCACCGUGGAGGCGACAGACAGAGAGGAACAUGGGGCAUAACAUAACCCACAUGGGCCGGUAGAAGCAUGACACCCACAGUAUUACUGCUGCUGUCAAUAUUUACAGUCCGGGGAAGUGGCUGUAAAGAUCUGGACAAAGGGACUGUCCGAAAUUUACAGAACAACAUCAGCAAUGAGAACAACACUGGAUUUCCACAGGUGUUCCCGAAAGAUUACGUCGUGCCUCGCCAUUACAGUCCCAGCACACAGUGUCACGACCAAAGCCCCACGCAGUGCUGUGUGUUCAACGAGGCUGCGCUCCUGUCACAUUCCUGGAUGCAGCUCGUGCAGCAGCUUGAAAGAAUUCACCUCAAGCACCGCUUCAUCACCGAACUGAUACAGCAACUUAAUGACAUUUCAAAAGAUGCAUGGAGUUUCCAGGAAACUCCGGAUCCCUCCGUUUUCCCGUCUGUUAACUCCUCCCCUGGAGCGCUCCUCACCUUAACUUCUUCGCUCCUCUCCAAAUGGCUGGAGCUGAACUGCCCUACGGGGGAAAAUGCCUGCAUCUUUCAUUCUCAUUUUCCUGCAGAGGAAGAGGAGGAGGAGGAGGAGGAGAAGAAGGAGGAAGGGAGCCUGGAAGGAGGAACAGGAAAGGAGGAAGAAUGGAAUGUUCCGGGUGAAAGGACAGUUGAGGACCUGUCAUACAUGAAAGGAGAAAGAGGAAAAAGAUGGAUCACAGUGGUCCCAACUAACGGGUACUAUGGGUUAGCCCCGUCUCCGGGCCUCCUCCUCUGUAUGCUUUCUUUCCUGAGGAUCAUCACGGACGUGGUUGUGAGAGAGCUCUAAUGAGGAAGAAGGAGGUCGCGGAGCUUCGUUAUGAAUGUAAUACCGAGGAAUCCUGGCUAAUUAGCCAAGACGUUCGGUUACUGCAGCAAGCUUGCUACAGCAAACAGUCUGGGAGGAAUUCAUAGGCAAUGAAGGAGCCGUGCGUGGUGCUCGUUGGAUGUUGUGUUAAACCUAUCAUUACUGUUUUUGUGCUUUUUCUAUGUAAAAAAUAAUCACUCUUAAAGCUUUCGGAGGCACUGCAUCGGUGGAAGCACGUUGAUGUUUGUUGGAUGCAAAUUUUGCAAUUAUAAUAGGAAAAAAAACACGGCUUACGAUCUUACAUUUAAGGGCAGUCGGUGAAGUUAAAAACUGAGAAGCGACCAAUGAAACAUGCUGUGUAACUGAAUGUAAGAAUGAUAGGAAGGUGGUUUUAACAUUACUACAUCAUAGAAUUCAAGGCGUCGUAUGACCUGAAACCACACAAAUUGCUGAUUUGACCGGCCGUAAAUGUAAAAAUUGCCCCCGGCAAACAUUUCAGAAGUAUUUCCAAUGAUGUAGUCAGGCAAAUCGAGCUAAAAGCACAAAACACUCCCUCGGCUCUCGUAGCUUUUCGUUAUACACUCACAGACACUUUAUUAGGUAUUAGGUACUGUUCAGUUGCUUGUUAACACAAAUAGCUAAUCAAGCUCAACGCAUUUAGGCAUGUAGAGGUGGUCAAGACGACUUGCUGAAGUGCAGG